AUGAACACACAAAUGGAUAGUCAGCAUAUGCGUACAAAAACGGAAAGGACAACUCAGGAGCAGCUGCAACAUUAUAUAAUGUUUUGCAAGCAGCAUCCUGAGUUGCAAUGGGUGAAGCUAACUCCGACCAACCCUCAAGGGCUGCAAAUACUUUGGUUGGAGUUAGCAGAUAAUUUAAAUGCCUUAAGAGGUCCAACUCGGUCGUCAGCCAAGUGGAGGGAGUCCUUAAUGUAUUGGAAACAUCAGUUGCGAUCGCGAGCGCGCAAACUGAAGGCUCAUGCACAAGCGACUGGUGGGGGCCCUCCGAUAAAUGGAAUAAUUGAGUUCGAGGAGCAAGCCAUUACAACUUUUGGGGCAGCAGCAGUGGAUGGAUUGCCGGGUGUUGCGACUUUGGGUCACCAGGUAAUAUUUUAA